UGCUGUUUAAAUAAAAUAUGUAUGAAAAUAUAAAUUUAACAUCAUUUCAGUUUCUUUUAACUCACGCGGCAACAUUCUACAUUGUGUUUUUAGGGGCUAUUCUGUAAGGUAGAAACGAAAUUUCUGUGCUGCAGUAUAUGGACUUGAAGAACGGUGCCUUGUGUGACGGCAUGGCAUAAGGGAACAAGGGUAUCACGGGACUAUGGUUAUAAAGUAGUGUACUUUACAGCUACAUUACGGAAGUUAAAUAGUUUUGAGUUGACUUGGGCCCAGUGAUGCCAGGGAAUUGAUGGCGCUUGGGACUCUCCAGUCGUCGCAUCUCCCUCAAUGGUCCAUAAGCAGAGAGACAGAGAGUUUUGAAUACGAGGAUACCGAAGUGGUGAAGAUGCGUAAUGGUCAAAAAGCUGAUCUACGUAUCAUCCGUGAUGAUCUAGUAGUGCUGCUAUUGCUACGUAUCCCCUCUAUUACUUCAACUUCAAUUUGUCAACGAUUGCGUGGACAAUAUCCUAUGCCACAGGAAAAGGGGAGGGCAAAGAGAUUCCCCUCGCAUCAUCAAUUCUCUGGCAACACUGCUUGGAUCAUGGCCAAGAGCUGUCAAAUUAUUCUAGUAGCGAAUGCUAUGAGAUUUAUUGUUAUAAGGAAAACAUAAAUAAAUAAAUAAAUUUAAUUAUGAGGAAUU